UCCGGAUAAAUACAAGAAUCCGUACAAUUAUUGGUUUAAGUUCAAGGUUCCAAUAUUUUGGGAGCGAUUUAAAAAUGAGACAAAUCAGAUGGACCAUGAAUGGAAACUAAAAAAAUGGAAUGGUGAUUUUAGGAUAUUUUCAAAUACGAAAUUUAAUGAUCUAUAUUCAAUAAUUCGUAGUAAUAUUCCGGAUAAACAAAAAAAAGAAAAAAUUGAUAGUUUUAUGAAUGAAUUUGACUCAGAAUUUAAUAAAUUUUUAUUCGAAUGUAAGAAAGAGAUGAGAGACAAUAAAAAAGAAUCCGAAUCUAAGAAAGAGAUGAGAGAAGAUAAAACAGAAUCCGAAUCUGAGGAAGAGAUGACAGACAAUAAAACAGAAUCCGAAUCUAAGAAAGAGAUGAUAGACGAUAAAACAGAAUCCGAAUCUAAGAAAGAGAUGAUUGACAAUAAAACAGAAUCCGAAUCUAUGAAGGAGAUGAUAGAAAAUAAAACAGAAUUUGAAUGUAAGAAUGAGAUGAGAGGCAAUAAAACAGAAUCCGAACCGAAAAAAGAGAUGAUAGACGAUAAAACAGAAUCCGAAUAUAGGAAAGAGCAGGGAACAAAUGAUAUAAAAAAUUAUAAAAAAAAAAUUUGGGAAUUACUUAUUGUUUUGAUAAUCUUAAGGAGAAUAUAA